AUGUCCACAUGGAAAGCAAGGUUCACCAAGAGACUGAAAUCUCCAUCUAGAAGGAUGCAUCCAUUUCCGUGCUCAGCACUGCUUGCUUGUUUUGGGAAUACACAGGAGAAUGCUCCCUUCGAUCAGUCCAGCAUGGCUGAUGCUCAUUCUGCCACCUGUGUGCAGCCCACGGCCAAAGAGAGCAGGCACUCAAGUCAUCACAGGGGGCAAGAAGGAGGUCCGGAGAGCAGACAAGAUUCCAGCAGCCAUGCAGAGAAAAAUGGCAAUGCAGGUAACCAUGUUCCUGCUCAGCUUGCUGAGACACCGGAGGAUGUGCCUGGGUCUCUCAAUGCUGAACCAGGUUGUGAAGCAGUUAAUUUUCAGACUUCGAUCCCUAGACCAUCAAUUAUAGAAAUGCCAAAGGAAGGAGAAACCCAAGAAGAGUCUAAAUGCCUUGAGUCGAAGCAGAAGACGAUGCCAGACAGCUCAUUUGAAGACACUGAGCUUAAGGACCCGUAUCUCAUUCCGAGAAACAUCAUGGCCGAGCCGGACUAUAUAAACGAUGACAAUCCUGAGUUAAUUAGGCCCCAGAAACUAAUCAAUCCUGUCAAAACAUCCCGGAACCAUCAAGACCUUCACAGAGAACUUCUGAUGAAUCAAAAAAGGGGUCUUGCCCCUCAGAAUAAACCUGAACUGCAGAAGGUGAUGGAAAAGAGGAAACGAGACCAAGUGAUAAAGCAGAAGGAAGAAGAAGCACAAAAGAAGAAAUCUGACUUGGAAAUAGAACUAUUAAAGCGACAACAGAAGCUGGAGCAGCUUGAACUUGAGAAGCAGAAGUUACAAGAAGAGCAAGAAAAUGCUCCCGAGUUUGUUAAGGUGAAAGGCAAUCUCAGGAGAAUAGGCCAAGAAGUUGCCCAAGUCCAGAAGUCCUAGACAGAGGCUGUGCAGAGCCCACCGGUGUC